ACACAACACACUACAGACAAUAAGGAGGAGAAAUAACCAGCAGAAGUCAGAAGUGAGUGUCACUAAUACCAAGAGUUCAAAAGCUGGAGUCCAAACCACCAAAAAAGAUCUGGAAGAGACAAGUGUUGUCUGCAAUAUGAAAACAGUGAACCCAGAUCACUUGACAGAAAAUUCAGAUUGUUUUAUGACAAUGGCACCGCCAACCAAAUUGAGAGACUCAACACCAUUCCCCCAAGAGAUGACUUCAAAUUAUGCAACCUUGUCUUCCACUAGUACAAAUAUGGUCUAUACAAAUCAACCACUGAUUUCUACUUUCACACCAUUGAAUGCUGCUGAUACACAAGUGGUUCCUACAUUUACUCCACAUAACACUACAAAUACACUAAUCCAUCCUGCAUACACAUCAGAGAACAACAGAGUUCUGCCAACGUCGUCUUUGUAUACACACAAUGCCACAAGUAUGCCGCCCCCUUCUGUGUAUUCACCACAGGACACUACAUGUUCACCAAUGAUCCCUUCUUAUGCCCACCUUAAUGCCCCGAGUACCUCUAUGGUUCCUACGUUCACACCAUUGAAUACCCCAAGUGCAUCAGUGCUUCCUGCAUUCUCACCUCUACAUGAUAGAAGUAUUCCUAUUGUUUCUUCCUUCACACCUCUGAACCAUUCAAGUACACCAGAGUACCCUACAAGCCCACCUAGGGCCCCUACAACUGCACAGGUUGUCCCAGCAAUCCAUGGACCCAGUGUUCCUGACAGAGCAACAGUGGUACAAGAGCGUACCCCCAUGUCCACUGCAGGAAGACAAGUCACUCCAGCUAUCAAGCCUCAAAAGAGAAACAAGAGGUUGUGGAGUGAGGAAGAACAGGCAGCGGUGAAGCGUCAGCUUGGUGACUUCUGUAAACUGGUGAAAGUACCAGGCAAAAAGGAUUGCGAUGCAUGUUUAGCAGCUGAACCUGCCUUGAACAGCAGGACGUGGAGGGAAGUCAAGUAUUUUGUACAUAACUCAAUUCAGUCAAUGAAAAGAAGAGGGCAUGCAGUUACCUCCAAACUAAGUGGAGGACAGGAACCAGAGACUCAUAAUUCAAACAUGGAAUGGGAUGGUCCCGUUUAUCUGUCCUUGUAAAUAUUUGUAAUGAACAUACUGGAAAACCAUAAGCUAUCAGUGAGAUUUUAGAGAUUUGUGAGGGCUUUUGGUUUUAACCACAAACUGUACAGCAUUUAAACAUUCAUCAGAUGUGAAUUGUUGUUAAAUGUAUUGUCAGUGAACCUUGGUUUUAAUAGCCAUACGAAUCAUGACAGCAUUUUACACUUUGCCCUUAAAUCGCACAUUUUUAGAAGAUCCUAAACUAGUCAGAAUCAAGUCCACCAGAACAAGCUAUCGGUGUACUGUUACAUGAAUGAACACUAAAUAGGUGAAAACUGAGGAUGUUUGUUCUGCAGCUUUGGCUCAGAAAAUGCAGAUAUUAUGGUUAGAUUGCAUAUACAUAGGUCAGACAGUGGAUUAUGUUCCACUGUCAGUUUGUCACAGGCUGUCUCUAGGAAGUGUUCUGAUUUAGAUGUGAUCACUUAGUUAACGUGAACCUCAUUUUGCCAGUCAUUGGCUGCUGCAGAUAGCUACUGUGGCACCCAAACAUGCAUUUCACAAUUUCAAACAGUAUUUGUGAAAACGGUCAAAGUAAUUACUAAAUAGUUUGGGACUCGCCAACUGCUGUGACCAGGGAAUUUCUCAGCCUGCACUGAGCAAAGGUGGCCUCAGUAACUAUACAUUUCCAGAGGGAUUUUUACUUUUUACUUCAAACCCUAUUUAGAUAUCUUCCCGCCCAUAGUGUUUCAUUAGCAUUUUUAUGAUGUUU